AUGGCGUCGUCAAAUAUUGUACCCCGAAAAUGCUGGGAGAACCUCGACCCCCAGAGUGAAGACCUGUAUAAAUUCAUGAGAAAAGCGGAAGCUGUUACGGGGAAGUCGUUCACAGACUAUGAAUCAAUCUACAAAUGGUCGUGUACGUCUCGGUCAGACUUCUGGCGCUUUUGUCUUGAUUAUUUCCCUGUGGUGUACGAGGGAAAGUUGCCUGAUCCGGUGGUUGAUGAAAAGGCUACCAUUGACACAAAUCCGAAAUGGUUUCCAGGAGUCAAGCUCAAUUUCGCAGAGAACAUCUUGUACGUGGGCGAUCGACAGGGUCGUCCGACCACAAGCCCUGGCAAAGAAGACUGGAAGAUUGCUUCGACUGAGGUACGAGAAGGCUGCUAUGUGGAACCAAUCCGCCAGACGAGCUGGAGAGAGCUUCGUGAGCGAGUUGGUCGUCUGUCGCAAGCCAUGAGAGCCCGUGGGGUUGGCAAAGGGGACCGAGUCGCCAUUGUUGCAAGCUCUUGCCUCGACACCCUGACCGUCUUCCUCGCCGUCACGGCCCUGGGAGGAAUCUUUUCGAGUUCGAGCACGGAUCUUGGGCCCAAGGGCAUCCUUGAGCGGCUGAGGCAAAUCGAGCCAAAGUUCGUCUUCUUUGACGAUUACGCCGUGUACAACAAGAAAAAGAUUGACCUGCGGCCGAAAAUUCGAGAGGUCGUCGAGGGACUGAACGGCGUAAAGAACUUCCAAGGAAUUGUGGUUCAGCCACGCUUCCAAGGUUCUCUGGCAGACAUUGCGUCGAUCCCGAAUGCCGAGUCUUGGGAUCGUUUCAUCUCCAAGGCCAUGUCAUCUGAGUUGGUGUUCGAACGCGUCGAGUUCGGUGCCCCGAUGAUCAUUGUCUAUUCUUCCGGGACCACCGGUCAACCAAAGUGUAUCGUUCACUCAGUAGGCGGUCUUGUCCUCAGCGGGCACAAGGAAUCUACACUGCACCGCCGAGUAGACUCGACGUCGACUCAGCUGCAAUUCACAACGACCGGGUGGAUGAUGUACAUGAGUUCUAUUCAACUCCUCUUGAUGGGUUGUCGGGUUAUCAUGUACGACGGCAGUCCUUUCGUUCCAGACCACAAGACCUUUCUUCGGAUGGUUGGCGAACAAAAAGUGACCCAUUUAGGCAUCUCGCCUCGCUUCAUGCAAACCCUUCGAAUGAACAACAUCCGGCCCAAAGACGUCGCGGAUUUGUCUCACCUGAAAGUCGUGACGAGUACAGGUAUGGUGUUGUCUGACUCGCUCUUCGAAUGGUUCUACGACGAAGGCUUUCCACCAUCCGUCCAACUCUGCAACAUCUCCGGCGGCACCGACAUUGCGGCCGCAUUCGCAACAGGAAAUCCACUUCUUCCUGUUUACGUCGGUGGCUGCCAAUGUAUUGCCUUGGGGAUGGCUGUCUCUGUGUAUGACUCCAGCAUCGAGAGCGGGAAGGGCAAGCCCGUACCUAUGGGUGUGGCCGGGGAGCUGGUGUGCACCGAGGCCUUCCCCACGAUGCCCGUAUGUUUCUGGGGCGAAAAGACCAUGAAACGAUACCACGACAGCUAUUUCAGUAAGUACGAGAACAUAUGGACACACGGAGACUUUAUCAUGAUCCAUCCUGUGACCAAACAAGUGUUCAUGCUCGGUCGCGCCGACGGGGUGCUGAACCCGAGUGGAGUCCGCUUUGGCAGUGCAGAUAUUUACAGUGUCAUUGAGUCAGAAUUCAGCGACGUUGUCGCCGACAGUAUCUGCGUGGGUCAACGACGGCCGAAGGAUGAGGACGAAGCCGUCAUCCUGUUUUUGCUGAUGAAACCGGGCAAGAAACUCAACCCAAAACUGGCGCAGAGGAUCCGAGCCGCGAUCAGAAAAGAAUACACGCCACGACAUGUCCCGAAAUACAUUUUCGAAACCCCAGAAAUUCCGUCGACGGGCAACGCGAAGAAGGUCGAGCUCCCCGUCAAACAGAUCGUGUCGGGCAAAGUCAUCAAACCGUCCGAGACCUUGGCCAACCCGGAGAGCUUGAAGUACUACUACCAAUUUGCAAAAGACGAAAACUUGAUGGAAGGCUCCAGCGCCAAGCUAUAG